CAUUUGUGUUGAAUAUACCCUUUCUAACUAAAUUCGGGGUCGCUGAUUUCGAAUAUGUUGUUCAAAUUCUUACAAAUUAUGUACUUUUUAAGUUAUUUUAGGAUUAAAAUCCUCUAAACCACGAGUAACACCUAAAGGUAGGCAAUGGCUUAAGGAAUUGAUAGCCGACUUUUAAUAAAUCGUAUAUUUUACUGAAAAAUAGCAUUUUCAUAAAAGUUUCGUUUAUUAAAUCCAACUCUAGAAUAUCAUAUUGAAGUAAUACAGUAAUUUCGAACCUCAUAUUGUAUCUAGUAUUUACGCCAAGCAUGAAUGUUUGACAAUGUAUCUCAUUGCGUUACGAAACACAGUUAUGGAAAAAUUGAUCUAAUUCAAUGUUUAUGAAAUUCAAUUUCCAUAAAUUGCAUGUCAUUUAAUAGCUAAAUGAUAGCAGAUUACUAUAUACCAUUCCAUAGCAGAAACUGAUUCAAUGUAAAAUGCUUAUUUGAACAUUUCAUGAGGUGGGUCAAGGCGAUCAAUGUUACCCCGCUGAUCAAUGAUACCCCGGAUUACGGUAUCUAUUUAUCCACCAACGGUAGCUAUUCUCUGUUCGUGUUAUGAUUUGAUUCAACUGAGCUAAACUAAGAAAAAAGUUCUGCAAAUAAAGUUGAAUCUCGUAUGUAGUGUAUGCAUUUGCACUAUACUUUUCAUUGCAUUACCUUCGGAGAACUGCUUCAGAUAAUAGACUAUUUACAUUUGAAAGUCGAUGGGUGUUUCUUCUGCGUGAAAAUAAUUAUGGCCUUCCAUCAAGCCCACUAACGUAGCUACAUUGAUUUUGUAAAGGAUAUUGAUUGCAUUUAUAUAGGAUCACCUCUUUUAGAAUGGCAUUAGUCCAUUCAAUUGUUUUAACUGCGUUACACUUCAAAGAUGAGUUUCCUGAAGAAACUUCAACGAUUUAGGAUUUUUCAACAUUCCUUCAAGGAACCCGCCGAAUUUUACGCCCACCAAAUAAAAUUCCCCAACAAAGUAUCGAAAAUUUCCGGUCUGGAUGUGUUCAGUGAAGAUUUCCAGAUACUAAAUCCCAGAGUAACGUUCAGUGUCUCGCUUUUGAUGUUCUACUUCUACAUCAACAUAGUAUCGGCCUACGAAAUGCGAGACAAUACCGAAGAUCUGAUCAACAGUUUAACCACAAUUGGAAUCGCAAUUCAGUCCGUGACGAAAAUAGUCACGUUUGGAGUUUUCCGGAAAGAUCUUGUUUGGCUGCACCAAUAUACGAAGACGCUCUACCGAGAGGAAUGCAAUCCGCGAACGAGAGAUCUGCUAAUGAACGAUGUUUUCUUGCUGAGUGUGAUUUUGAAAACGAUGAUUGUGGGAUACGCCUUUACAAGCAUUUCGCUAGAUUUUGCCCCUGUGCUAGUUUUGACAUAUACGGGCCUAAAACUGUUACCAUUUGGGUUCUACAUUCCAUUCCUCGAUCAGUUUUCGUGGACAGGAUAUAUGAUCAAUUAUUUUGUUCAGAUACUUUUGACGGUGUUCGUAACGUCCCAGGAUAUGGGCCCUGAUUGUAUCUACAUGAUCAUAUCGAUGAAUUCGUUCACGCAGAUAAAUCUGAUUGUCGAUUCGCUGAAGGAAUUAAGUCGGCACAUUGACGAGGGAGAUUCCGACAUGGAUGACCAAAUCAUAAGCAUCAUCCAACGACAUCAGGAACAUCUGACAUACCUACGCACAGUUGAAACGGUUUUCUGUAUGAUGUACUUACUCAGCUUCAUAAGUUUGUCGUCUGUUUUGAUUCUAUCGCUGUUUGCCGUAGUCACGCUUUCUUGGUACCAAGGAAUUGUGUUUAUUCUGUUUGUCAGCUAUCAGUUAUUUUUUGGAUGCUUUCUAGGAACGAUUCUGGAAAUCAAGAAUGAAGAAUUGCAGCGUGCAAUUUACAACAUCUCAUGGUAUAAACUGUCAUUGAGCAAUCAAAAAUUACUUCGUUUUCUUCUACAAUCAGCUCAAGAACCAGUUAAAUUGACGCUCGUUUUUGCUCGAUUGAACAUGCCCACGUACUUGCAAGUGUACAAAACUAUCUACAGUAUUUUCACUAUGCUUUUGACCGUUCGCGAGGAAUAAUACAUGAUACGAUUAUAAAAACGUUGAUUAAAGAAUGGUAGUAGCAAAAAAUCCGCACCAACCACUGCGCCAAUGAGGCGCACCUCACGUAGCUCCUGAGCAAGCUUCAAUUAAAAAGUGUUACGAAAAAUG